CGCAUGUUUAUCCACGGUAAAAAACGUAGUGUGUGCAUGUCUCAAAAACAAAUGCAUAUUUGAUGGGAAUAUCCACACGCAUGCAGCUCGUUAUCGGCAAACAGCAUGUGCACUUACAAAUGCUGUACGUGUUUGAACCAUUUUAUCUGCAGUGCCACAGUUGUACUUUAUUGUGGAGAGCUGUUGCUCGUCCAGAAUAUCCCUGCUGCUCAGGUUAGAUUGCUCAAAAACACCUGAGGGCAUGUGUGCACUUUGUUUCAUGAUUGUUUCUGUUGUGUUUGUCAGUCACUCGAGCCUUGGAGAGAUUUUACCUUGUUGUGGGGAUCAGGUUGGCAGGUUCCUCAUUUAGAGGCUAAUACGCAGUCAUUACUGCGUUACCCAUCAUUAAACAAGACAUCGCCCUUAUCGGUGUGGGUAAAGCUCCCUAAAGGCAAGCAAUUAACCUCUUAGAAAAUGCCUGUCAUCCUCACUUUUUCUUCUCCUCCUCCUUUCACCUCCUUAUUCAGCCUCUAGUUCACAGAGGUGUUGGUGAUGUAAGCAUUUUAAAUUGUCUCCUGCUCUUAAAUCGGUUUCCAUCGGUACAGCUUGACGUAUAUGUACUAUAGGUGCAUAUGGGUGAAGCCUUUGUGAAGUUAAUAAACGGCAUCAGCCACAGUUCAAUUCCUCGUUGUCAGGUGCUUAGAGCCCAUUGGCUGAACGCAGAUUUAUUUGGCAGGAUUCUUUUCCUCCCAUGUUUAUCUCCGAGCACAUGGGAAGAGUAUUGGAAAUGGCGUUUUUCAUUAUUCUUUAAGACGUAUUUAAUCCCCGUUUGAAAGGAUGGGUUUAGCAGCAUUUGAAUGGCAAAUGAAGCAGGACGGGAACUGCAAAAUUUUGAUUAGACCAAGAAUUCAAUUUCCACCUAUUAGGUAACAUCGUUUAUCACCCAUGCCUGAAACAUUAGUUACAGUGGGUUCUCAUCGUAAAAAGUGUGUGGUAAUGUUCAGCAUCCUUAUAGGAAUUGCCAUGUGCUGCCAGAAGCAGUCAGCGUAAACGGCACCAGUGCAAACAUGAAGAGGGUUCUCGUGGGCAGCACAUUUUGUUGGCGAAACGAGGAAGACGUUUUUGAGAUUGCGUGAGAUGGGCAGUUUGACAGGCUUGUGAAGAGCCGGGAGACCUCUGACAACAUGGAGACUUUCUCCUUUCCUCCUCGCUCUCCUUGACGGACGGACCAUCUAUUUGACAAUGUGCUGUCAGGAGCUGUCAGAUUAAACAACCUACUCUCUCCGUCUCUGUCACUGGUUAUCAAGGUAUAUUUCCAAGGCCUCAGAUACAUAUUAGACAUUAUGCUUUAUGUUGAAUAAUUUCCAUGUGACCUAAGAACACAAGGCUACGUGAUAAAGGGUUUAAAUGAACUUCAAUUUCACCACUGAGACCAUUUUGUUAUCUUAUCAAUAAUUAAAAAUGUCACACACAUUUAACAGUCUUCUAUUACUUACAUGUAGAUAUGUGUAUUCUAAUAAUAGUUUCACUUGAAUAUUGGCAUUCAUUUGACCACCAAGAGCUUUGGUUUGCAUGGAUUUUUCAGGAAGACUUUAGAACUACUUCCCAAAUGAAAAGGUUCCACCACUACCUCUGAUGCACUGAUGGAAAUUCUCUUAAAGCUCCCUCUGCUUUAAGUUGUUUUCACUCUGAUUAAAGUGGCUUUUUAUUAAUCAAUUUUUAUUUCCUCUCCGGAUGUCCCUGCUUGGUGUUAAUGUACAUUCAUAUAACCAGCUACAGUAAUAUACAGUCUGCUUAUGUUCCCUGCCCUUUACUGUAUCUACCGACCUUUCUCACCAUCUGGCCCCUGCUGGUGUGAGCGUGUUUUUUCCAGGCCUGUCUGUUGUGUGGCUGCAUGCUGCAACAUUCACAUGUGUUCUGUGCACUUGAUUAUACAGAUUUAAAAAGGCCAGCUGCCUUGCAGCAGUGGAAAUGUUUUGAGGUAAAUGUCAGAUGGCAGUGGGAAGAAAAAAAUAUAUGUGUAUGUUUUAUAUUCACAUUGCCAGUACAUUUACGAAAAAAAAUGUUCCUCCGUUGCUGCUGUUUCAGGCCUUUCUACCCGAUAUUUAGAUUUUGAACUCAUUCACUUCAGAAGAAAACAUGCAGGCAGACAUGGCCACCCCACAUCCCAGAGCUGAGAUGCUCGCUGUGUGCCUCUGCAGCAUCAAGACAGUUUUAUAUCUCACAUCAUUUGAAAUCAUAAGACAGUUUCCCUUGCUUCACUUUAGAAAUCAGAUCAAAAACAAUGAAUACACCUUAGAAUCCGGGAUGCAGUCAUCAGCAUGUCUCAUAUUAUGUAACCAUGGGUGUGUGUGCGGUUGGUAGCAUACAGUGUUUGUUGUACAUCUUUGUUAGAGCACUUGCAACAUUUACACUAGUGAAUUUGUUUUUUUACAAAAUGAUUUAAAUAACCUGUCAAGUGAGAUAUUUGGUCGUUUAAAAUUUAGAUCAUUACUUUGUUUUUUCCUUACCUAAGAUAUUUUCCAUCCAAUAAGGCCCAAACAGUUGAUACUGCUGGAGCUGUUAUCACUUUAGAAGCCGAAAUGCUCUGUUAGCUACCUGGGUUUUAUCAAAUUUGCUGGGCUAAUAAAUGAGUCUGAUAAGAUCUUUACAUUUUGGGGAAUGAUUCAAGUUAUUCACCACUGGUUCAUAAUAUAAGUGCUCAAUGAGAGAACAUAAUAGAAUCCCACAAAGUUUUAAGUUGUAUAAUAACACAUAAAAAAACACAUUCCGAAAGACAUUUUCCUUCACCCCUCUCACAUCUAAAUGGUACAGUCCUAAUAUACCGUACAGCCUUCUACUGUGAAUGAUUGUGCUGCUAGCUGACACCUUUGAUUUGCUGCUAGGCCUUGUCGUGACCCAUCCCAUCUAUCUUUUAUUGUGUGUGUGUGUGUGUGUGUGUUUCUGCACACAUUUCAGUCUGUCUAAACUAUUUAUUUAUUUCUGUCCUGUUGUUUUUCUGUGACUAAUUGAUGGACAGUACUCCAGGUGAAUGACAGUGGCAGCUCGUUGUUGUGACUCAUUAGUGUAUUGUGUUCAAUCACAAAGAAUAAAUCACGUCAUUCGGGGUCGUGUAAUGGGCUAUUACAUUUUGUAUGGGGUCUCUGAAGCUGUAUGGUAUCUUUUAACAUAUAAUACGUCAUAAUUUGUGAUGAUAGAUGUUCUCUCCUCUGGUGGUGUUCAGACUGUGAAUGACUCAGCAGAGAGAAGUCCUUCCACUAAGCGUUACGGUUGCCUGGUUACAUGUGUAGUUUUAAUGUGCGUUUCCACUCCUACUCAAACUCGGUCGGUUACUAACAGAGAAAGAGAGCGAAACUUUGAUGUAUGCAUUCAUGAAUCAUGUGGACCGAGCAAAUAUUUAACAGGCUCCUGACUGUCGCCCACACCUUUAUCUUCAAAACACAGCUUCAGGCACCAAGAGCGUUAGUGUUGGAAGUGUAACUAAACGCGGCCACGCACCCUUUCUAGCAUAACUCAUGAUUCCAGUCAGAUGCAUGACUCAAUAAUAUUUUAUGAUGUGUCAUUUACAUCAGCAGCAGUAACGGUGGGUCUAGAUUCUACAUGUCACUGCCGCAUUCUCAGUAUGUUUUAUUGUAUUCAUUUCCUCUCAACAAGGCCCCUUCAUUAAGAUACCCAUCAUUGACUGCCGCAUCACUGCAAACACUCAUUUGAUUACAAACCAGCAAAAACUAGUUUCUGGCAUGCUUGCCAGCUGUGGAUGCUUGGCGAAUAAAGUAGCAAUUGCGUUAGUGCGCCACUACAGUACUAUUGAAAGCACAGCAGUAAGAGUUGCAUAGUAAGAGUAAAUGGUGUUGUGUCACAACAGCCACACAUGCUGUAUUCUCAAUAAUAUUCUACCAGGUUUCCCUAAAUGAUAAUACGAUGGCAGCAGCCAUAUUCUUACCCUGGUCUCCCUGCCAUCUUCAGUUACCAGAAAUGGCUCAUUUAAUUCACAGAUGCUUUCAGUCUGAAUGUGAAUUUUUACGAGAGAGUUUGUGUAGGUUUCUUGUUUCCCUGUAAAUCACAACAAAGUAAAGCCUGCAGCUAGUGUGGGACAUUUUUGUUCAAUAUUGCAGAAUGUCACUGUAUAGUUUUGCAUUUGAAAAUGUCACCAUAUCCAACAAAGAGAGAAAGAAUUGUAGUUGCAGUUUCAAUCUUGGAUCCCCCGAGGCAAGAGUUCUUAAGAAAACCAACCGAUACUGCAAAGUAUAACAAUAACACUUAACUGCCGGAAGGCUGUCGGAGGCUUGAACAUUAGAUUUAACAUGUGCUAGCGAUGUGCAAGACAGCUAAUACAUACUUAAUGAUUUUGUCUUCCUAGAGCUAAAUAUUCAUCCAGGUGACACAAUGUUAUUUCUUUUUUAAAUAAACAGCACCAAAUGCCCAAAAACUCUCUACCAGCUUCACAGGCGUCUGUGAGUGAUUGUGCGAGUGCCUGAACUCAGCAGCUGAUGUUUUGCAGCUCGCAAAGACGGGACAGAAACCUCAUGAAGCUGCCGCUGCCGUUCAACAGACAGAGUGACAGCAGACGGGUGCUAUCGGCAGGAAAGAAGCGAUAGACCGUGAAACAAGGACAGUAAAAACUGCUGGGUGUAUGUGGGGGCAGUUUGAGCUGUGUGUGUGUGUGUGUGUGUGUGUGUGUGUGUGUGUGUGUGUGUGUUAGUGAGCCACAGAGCGUGAGGAUGAUCGAUUUGAUGAUGAGUGUGAAGGCAUUGCAAGGCCAGCAGGGUGUGUGUAUGUGUUUGAGUAGCUUCAUGCACAUUUCCUUACAUCUGCCAGUCAUUACAAACUAGUCCUCAGGAAAACAGAACAAUGCCUGGAUGGUUUAUGUUACAGAUUACACUGUCAAGUCACACUUUAACCACAAUAAUGACUCACUCCUUCUCUCUUAUUGUGUGUAAAUCCCCCUUGUCACCUGUGCAUGCUUAAAUAUGUUCAAUUUGCACACACAGAAAGUUCAUCCAGUCCCUCUGAAGAAAAAAACCCAGUGUCUGUAUCAUGCACAUUUUGUCACUUUACAUGCAAGUACUUUUGAAGUGUGUGUGUGUGUGUGUGUGUGUGUGUGUGUGUGUGUGUGUGUGCGUGUGUGUGUGUGUGUGUGUGUGUGUGUUAUAUACAGCACCGGGGCUGCCUUUGGCGGAAACCUAUAUAAAUAAGAUAUAGCGAGGCGGAGAGAAUCUAAAAAUACCACGGCUGAGUGAGCAGGGCUUAAGAAGAAGAAGCAGUGGCUGUCUCCACUGUCAGGCCUGCCUCUUGGUCUUCAGGCUGCGCGCUGCUGUCUCAGAAUGAAAUAUUAGGCCUUUAUAAGCAAACGGAAACAAAUCCAUCUGAGACCAGACAGCUAAUUUAAAGUGACGGGUAGAACAAGGGGGAUUUUAUAUCAGAUAUUGAACGUUUGAUCCUGUUUGGUCUGUGUGAUGUAAAGUGUAUGAAACGGCUAUGACGAGAUUGUGGAUGGAUUGUUCGCACGUUAAGUGUUUAAAAUGUGACUUCAAGGUCACGCCCUGUGGCCGUGUCCCUUUCCCUUUUGUCAUCAAUUUCUUAAAGAAUGACACGUGCAUGAAAACAUUUACCCCCGUACACAUCCUGCGUCUCACCGCCCAUCCCUCUUUUUUUGUCUCUGUGUCUUUCUAGCCCACAUACACAAACAACCUCAGAGGACCAUUACAUGUCUAAUACUGUCUGCACACAGAAGCAUGGCUCUAGUCCCGGGCCUGUGGCUGGCAUGAAAGACAAACUGACACUUUCAUCCGUCCGUCCAUCCAUCCCUUUGUUUGUCCACCAAGGCUUCAAACAUAACCUUCUCUCCAUUGGCACAGCUCCCUCAGCACCUGAUAUGUGAAGUACACUACAAAGUGUGAAUGACUGUGGACCGGCUCAGCGGUGACUUGAAUUGGCUGUUAAUGACUCCCUCAGAGAUAUAUUUCCAUUUGAAAAGGCGGCUGUUAGUGUUGCUUGUUAUUUACGGUCACUUAAAAUGGAGCCUGUCAGUGUUCUAGCUCAAAAUCCUUUAUACUUAAGAUAUUUUACUAAACAAAAUUCUGAAAGAGCUCUAAUUAAGAUUAGCGCUUCAGAAAUCCUGUUGGAAAAAGUGUCCUCGGUGAAAUAAGAUUAGUUCCUAUUUGCAAGUGAGCCCAAAUUAGCAUUUCCUGUAUAGAAGAGAAGUGGUGACCAAGCUUGUAUGAUGAACAUGUAAACCUAAGAUUUGCAUUUUUUGCUUUGUGAGCCAAGCUGUGAGAAAAUGACUCUAUUUAGUCAAAUCUAAAGCUUGAGUUGAAUCCUAAAGAUUUGAAUUGCCCUUAAUGGUGUUUCCUCUCCACUUUUCAGCUGGGCUUCUUAGCUUCUUCUCUCACAAUACAAUAGCUGCAAAUAAAAGGCAAAGCUAGUGAGUUUUGGUCUCUGCGUUUCUGUAUACGGACACACGUUAUCAAAGAAAAUUCCCAGUUCUGCUUCAGACACAAACUUGUUAACAUAAAGCAAAUAAAAUACACACUGCAUGAUCAGCAGGUAAAUGGAUUUCUCCGCUUGUUCAUUAUGUCUGUAUAUGAAUAUAUCAAAAGGUGCACACACAGGUGCAUGCUCACCCACACGUCCACAUAAUCAAGCGAACACACACACACACAUUCACAUUAACACGUGUACACAUCAGCCUAUUUCCUGUGGCUUUUGCUAUUUUUUUAUUUCUCCUGGGCUUUGGGUCACGCGGUGUCGAGGUGAGAGGGAGGGCAGCUUUGUGAGAACAUGGUGUGUACGGCGGUUGUUUGAUGAGCUUCUGCGUGAAAGAAACAGACCUGUGUGAGGCGGACAUGCAUCGCUUGUUUUGUUUGCCUGUAUCAUGAUUGCGGAAACAGACGCACCAAGAAACACAGCGAGUACAAACUCAGUGGAGCUCGACGCGGAGCAUGCACAGAGAGUCCCUGGGGCAGAACAGGGAGGGGCUCCAGCCCCCCAGGUCAAGCUGAAAGAAAGGCAGAAGUUCUUUGAGGAGGCCUUCCAGCAAGACAUGGAGCAGUACUUGUCCACUGGCUACCUGCAGAUCGCUGAGAGGAGAGAGCCAAUAGGAAGCAUGUCGUCCAUGGAGGUGAACGUGGACAUGCUGGAGCAGAUGGAUCUGAUGGACAUGUCUGACCACGAAGCCCUGGAUGUGUUUCUGCACUCCGGGGGAGAGGACAACAGUGCUACCUCGCCUGUCGCAGAUGUUGAGUCCUUCACCACAGAGAUCAGUCUCCAGGUCCCCACCCAGGCUGAGCUACGCCACAAGCUUUCUUCCCUUUCAUCCACCUGCACCGACUCUGCCAGCCAAGACACGGAGGCCAGGGACGAGGAGGACGAGGAGGAGGAAGAGGAGACGGAGCAAGGAGGAGGUGGAGGUGUUGGAGGAUCAGGCGGAGGAAGAAGGAGGAGAAGGGCCCCCGUGGUGGUGACCCUUGAUGAAGAGGAGGUGCACCUUGACACAGCGUUGGUGGACGGGGUGAACCAGACCAACAAAGACAGUGAGGCGAGCAGGCCGAAGGUUUGAGGACACACAGACUGGAUUUAAACACAAACGCACAGAGCCGCGAAAUCAAACGGAGAUAUAUAACAAUAUUGGCUUCCUUCUCAAAUUGUCAUACUGAAGAAAAAGAUGUGAAAGAAAACACACCGAUGUUGCACUAACUGCCACAUGACCUUGCCUUAAAAGACCACUGAUGUGAGUUUUCAAUUCUAAUUGAAUCCUAUAAAAUAGGUUUGAGUUACCUUUAGCAUACAAGCAUUGGAUGGCUUAACAUUCACAUAAAUAGUUUGAAACUAUUUGGAGAAUGCUCUAAUAUUCUGUUUCUAUGUUUGUGCAUGUUGAGACCAGGAGAGACCUGUGACUGAUACGUAGGAAGUACGAGACAUACACACUAAAAUCAUCCAUGUGUCCCUCUUGCUGUUUUCAUGCUUCAUGCUGACACUUACAUAUUCGCUAAAACUGCAGCUGCUAACAUUCAUUCAGGUUAUGGCAUUUUAUGAAAGAAUAAUCUCUCCAUUGCCCCUAGUGGUAUCUAGCCAUGCAGAAAGUUUUAUCUGCCCUGGUUUUGUCAUAUCAUUUUUAAUGCAUCGACAAAUGACAAUUAAAAAAUUACAAACGGCUCAAAACCUGGACUAAUAAAACCUUCAAUCCACCACCUUUUCUGUGAAUGUUUAAUAAGUGCUGAUGGAAAAUGUGGUAGAAAUAAAUUCCCCUGCGCGUGUUAUACAGACCUUUUUACAGCAGACAUAAAAAAUAUGCUUGCACCUGUUUUUUUGCCCGCAACCAUCCAGAUGAGUUAGCAAGCUGAAAGCAUUUAAUCCAACAUCAAAACACAACUGUUUCUGUGCAACAGGUGUUUCUCAUAGUAACUUAUACGUAGAUGGUUGGCGUAUUUAAAAUUGACUGAAGGUUUUUACCAGGACACCUGUAACCAACCACAGACGCAUUCAGCUGAGAGACACCAGUUAACACGGUCACUCAUUAAACCAAAACACUGGCAGCAUCAGGGGCCCGUGUUCGAUCCCGGGCUGGACGCUGUGUGGAGUUUACAUGUUCUCCCCGUGUCAGCGUGGGUUCUCGUCGCGUUCACCGGGUUCUCCAGCUUCCUCCCACAUUCCAAAAGACAUGCAAUUUAGGUUCAUUGAUGGCUGCGCCGUAGGUGUUAACGUGUGCGUGAAUGGUUGUCUGUCUCAAUGUGUCAGCCCUGCGAUAGUCUGGCAACCUGUCCAGGGUGGACCACCCUGUCUAACGGAGUAGAUGGAUUGGAUUGGAGACCAUUAAAUUAACAAAACACAAUGAGAGAAAUCUCCGUUGGUUUUGGUUGUCUGUUCCAGUUUAUCUUCUGGAUCCUGAAGAAGGCCUUCAGCACUCCUUUGUCUGAGUGAGGAUAAAAACUUUCAUGCAUAGUGAAGCACACGCGAGGCUCGCUCUCUCUGGGUUGGGGUCGGUGACAGCAUCCAAUCCCACGCCGACAGUAAUUACAGCAGAAUUAUUCCAUUGAUGUUGAUAUCGUAGGGCGAUUUGAGCAAAGGUAGCACCUUUGUUUGCUCUCGGCAGCUCAAAUUCUGAAGGGUCCCCACGGACCAUAUACUCCGCUCUGCCGCUGCAGCCUCAAGUGGGCCUCUCUCUGGCUGAUUUCGGCUGAAUUACGGAGUCAGACAAAACACUGUAAAAUCGACAUCCAUAAGAUCCUCUGCACUCAUAUUUUGGAAUGCCAUUUCUGCUAUUUGCAAUGUAACACAAGCAACGAAAACAAGGAGGUUUUUGAGCGGCAUUGCGCCCCACAACUACUAGACUAGCACUCUGUAGUUCUUCCGUAUACAAAGUACAUCACUGUCACGUAACUGGGAUACAGAAGAACAACAGAGCUGUGCUCCCAGAGACACAGAGAACAUCAGUAACAACUGCAAGCGUUUUUCACAAUGCAUAUCUAUCUCAGCUAUAGAUAAGGUUGAACAUCGGUGAAUUGUCCUUUUACUAUAGUGAACAAAUGAUCUGCAGGGGGCACAUGGAUGCAUUUUUCACGACUUUACGGAUAUGCUGAACCCCCAAAGCUUGUUGCAAUUCCUUAACUGGUUUAUGAGCUACAUAUUGCAAUAUUUUAAAUACAAGCUACCAAAAAAAGCCAAACAUGGAGUAAUAGAUGGCAGUCACCUGGCAGUGGGUUUUACAUCACAUAGUACUGUAUAGCUGACAGACCACAGAUGGAGUUCAGGUAUCAAGAUAUCAAUGAUUUAACACACACACACACACACACACACACACACA